GUUCCACCGGCUUUCAGCUUUGGAAUCAUUGCAGACGUGCAGUAUGCUGACCGUGAUGAUGCUCUAAACUUUUCAGGGUCACGUCUCAGGCGCUACCGUACUUCGAAGAGGCUGUGGGAAGGAGCUGUGCAGUGGUUUCGUGAAGAACAGGUCGAUUUCAUCGCUCAGCUUGGCGAUUUUGUCGACGGCUGCAAUCGGGCUACUGCAGGCCAUGGCCACAAAGCCCUGCAGGACUUACUGCUCCCUCUUGAAGGCGGCCCGCCCACGCUUCAUCUGGUAGGCAACCACGAGCUGUACAAUUUUCCGCGAAAAGAGAUGGAGGAGGGGAUUGCUCUCCCUGAGCUCUCGGAACCCUACAGGAUAUCUGCACCACCAGUGCUGGAUCCCGAGGCUCCUUCGAGCACAAGCUCCUACUACAGCUUCUGCCCAAGCCAUGGGUGGCGAGUCUGUGUGGUGGAUCCAUACGAGAUCAGCAUCAUGAGUGGCGGUGGCGCUCGACCGGGCAUUGAUGCCGAUGCGGAGUUGGACUCAUAUGCCGUGGAGCUGUGCCAAGCGAACAAUCCAAACGACAUCACGAAAGAGGACUUCGCACGCGGCAUCGCGCCAGGGCCUGACCUUCGUUGGGUCCCUCUGAACGGUGCUGUGAGCCAGAAGCAACUGCAGUGGCUAGAGGACACUUUGAGAGAGGCGUCCGAUCAAAAGCAGCGAACCAUCUUGCUGAGUCACGUGGUGCUUUUGCCUGAGGCAACACCACGGGGCAACGGGCUGACACUACUUUGGAACUACGAUGAGGUCUUGGACAUCAUUCGACGUGCUGCAGAUCCUCCUGUUGCUGCAAUGUGCGGCCAUGCUCACCUGCCUGUGUAUGCUGUGGACAAGGUUUGUGGUACACAUCACAUCACGCUGCCAUCUCCACUGGAGGUGGAGCCGGGGUCGGAUGCUUGCGCUGUUGUCUUGGCGCACCAGAACGGCGACAUCGAGAUCAAAGGCGUGCAAUGCAAUGCGACACAGCAGCUGAAUGACAGCAGAAGUGCCCACGCAACGAUGCCGGUCGACUCGCCAGUUCGUGUUGCCGAUGGCUCACAGUCGUUGUGCGUGGGCCGCUCGGAAGUCAGGCGGGUUAGCUCUUGGCUACGCGCCCCAGUGCCGGGCCGCGGCGACAUUGCCAGCUGCAGAUUUUCGACGGAUCUGCAGAGACGCCUCGUGUGA